AUGAUGAUCGAUCCGAAAGUUACGCUUAAAGGUGAGUUUUUGUGGUUUAAGAACAAAAAAAAUCCCGAAAUCCCGAAAAAUUUACAGUUUGGACCGCCCAUCUCAACGACAUUUCCGAAAUGACGGAUCUCGACGAAAAAUGCGCGAAAUUUAUCGAUUUCCUCGACCCCGAAAUAAAUCCGCAUCGAAAAAAGGAUUUCGAAGCGCUGAUUUUGUCGAUCAGCCUGGAUUUGGUGAAAAAUUUGGCGGCGGAGAAAUCACACGCCCUUUUGCGACGCUUGAAGAAUUCGGAAUUUUUGGAUAAGCUGGGAUUCUUUGAAACGCUUAUUCAAGCGUACGAAAAGGAGCCAUUUAAUGAAUUAGGCAUUUUGAAUUUUUGCAAAGUGAUUCAAACAGAUCCCCUGGUGGCACCUCAUCUGGGCGCAAAAUUGAUCCGAUUUUUCCGAGCCGCUCCGAAAUCUCAAGUGGGAAAUUUGAUGGCCACUUGUGAGAAGAAUGAUUUUAUCAGUCGACAUUUUAUGACGGAAAUUCGCGAAACUUUCAGCGCAUAUUGGGAAAAGGAAUUUUUGGCGAAAUUCGAGCCCGUGAAUUUGCCACUUACACAUGCGCUUUUCGAACCACUCGAAUAUUUGAUCAGUUUUGUGAGCACUGAAUACAUUUUGGAAUUGAUGUUGAAGAAAUCGGAUGUGAUUUUGUUGAAUGAGGGAUUGGAUGAUGUUAUUCGUGUUAGAUAUGCUAUAGUGAGUGGUUUUUGCUCUGAAUUUUGAAUUUUACACGCUACGUACUGAAAAUUUUGUGCUGAAAAUUACUGUUUUUCGAUAAUCAGCCAAAUUUUGAAGAUUUUUAAAGUUCGAAAUUUUUUUCUAAAUUCUGAACAACAAAAAUGCCACGUGGCUUCGAAAUAACAUAAUUUCGCUGAAGUUUCACAAAAAUCAUUUUUUCGGUUUUGCUAUUUUUUCGUAAAAUCCAAUUUUUUUUAAUUCUGAUGAAUUUCAAAAAAAUUCAUAAAAUAAAGCAAAAUAGGAUUCUCGAAGCUAAUUCUCAUCAAAAAUUACUCCAAAAGCUUGAAAAAUAUUGAUUUGUCAUGAUUUUUGGCUGAAAAACUCGAAAAACUAAUUUUUUAAGUACAAUUUUUUGACUUUUCGUGAAUUGAUAGUGAAUUGAAAAAAAUUUUAAAUUUUGAUGAAUUUCGAAAAAAUUCAUAAAAUAAAGCAAAAUAUUGUUCUCGAAGCUUAUUUUCAUCAGAAAUUACUCCAGAAGCUUGAAAAAUAUUGAUUUGUCAUCAUUUUUGGCUGAAAAACUCGAAAAACUAAUUUUGACCUAUACAAUGUUUUUCGACAUUUUUUGACUCGUGAAUCAGCCCUAAAAACAUCACAAAGUAAUCCAAGUCACAUUCAAUCUCAAAAAAUCCACAAAUAUUUUCAGAGUCUCGCCAAAAUCGGUCUCGAUCGUCCCAACAAUCAAUUCAACGCCCGACCCCAAAAUCUUCCGCUAUUCUUCGGCUAUUUUAUGCGAUACCUUCCGCGCUAUUCCGAUAAAUAUAAUCUGAAUCUCACCAAUUCGUCGUCCCCACGAGAUUCGGAACAUUGGCCGGAGAUCAAUUUGAAUAUGCGAAUGACGGGGGCCAGAGUUGAACUUGGCGUGCAAUUGAUCACCAAUUUUGUGUGGUUUAGUCCGGUGAGUAUUGCGGCAUGGUUUUGUGGGCGUGGUCUAAUUUGUUUGCUGAUGAAAGAAUCAGAAAAACUGUGCCAGGCUUGCAAAAAGGGGCGUGGCUCAAAACCUAUUAUAUUUGAUAUCAAAAUGAUCAGAAAUUUCCACAUUUCCAGGCCGAAAAAUGGCGAAUGGUUACGAUUUGCGAGGACUAUGAGAAUCACAUCAAGUGUUGUGAAUAUGUGAUGGCGGUUUACUGUGAACCACUGCUGGAUCUUCAAGAGAGGCGGGUGGUGCAGAGAACGAGGUGGGGAUUUUUUUUUUUGCGAUUUUUUGACACCAAAUUUGGUUAUUUUCAAAUUUAUGCAAUUUACUGGAAUUCUAGGCCACUGAAACCAUGUUUUUGGGUUUCUAGGCCAUCAAAAUCAUAUUUUUGGGUUUCUAUGCCACAAAAACCAUAAUUUUAGGUUUCUAGGCCAUCAAAAUCAUAGUUUUGGGUUUCUAGGCCAUCAAUUUUGGGUUUCUAGGCCAUGUCAAAAAUUUUCGCAUCAUUUUUCCCCCCACAAUCCUAUUUUUUUUACAGAAACGCUCUCAAAGCAAUUCUGAAUUUUGCGAUUUUGCCACUUGGCACACCGCCAAGUUUCGGAAGACGAAAAGAGAUUAUCAGUCAGGAGAAGGCGGAGCUAUUUUUGGAGGCCUGCGAAGUUGGCGGAUAUUUUUACGACCCGAGAAACUAG